GCAUGCUGGGCCUCUUUGGAUUCGUCGAUGACCUGCUCAUCCUGCUGAUCGUGUUCCUCCACCUCGCCGCGGUGUACCGGUCGUUGCUCCUGUACCGCCACGGGGGCCAGUAGAAGUCGCUGUGCAUAAACCGUUUGUUUAGCUGGUUUCCAUGUGGAGUUCUCUGAGAUCGCAGCAGCGGAUUUGGAAGAUCGCCGACUCGCCGAGUAGAUGGCAACGUCACGGACGGCUUAGCCUGUCCCUGCUCUGUACCAUUCUACUACGCCUGUUUUUCUGAGACUCUGACACGGUGAACUGAACUUUGGUUGGUUGAUGCAAGUGAAUUUCCCUUCGUUUUACUCGUCAGGAAAAGAAAGGGAAAGAGUUUGCGUUCGUUUGUCUUUGUUUCUGCUCUUUGGAAGUUGGAAUUGAAACUGCACUGAUGUUUGCGUUUCAGGAACUGCAUUGACGUGGAUCCUGCUCAGUUCUCUUAGCAUUUACUUAUGGGCCAAGUUUGUAGAAGUUUAGUGGGCUGUAGACCCAUUGGUGUCAUGUUGGGCCACCGCGACGAGUAAAGAAGAGGUAGGGGAUCGCCCUGGCCGGGUAGUUGGCUCUUGCGGGAGGGAUGAGAUGGGAAUGGGAUGGCGACGGGCGGGCGUGUGCGGCUGCAAGCGGCUCGGAAGGGGCACGGUGGAGACGCAGCGGACCCUCGCCUCUUCUCCUGCUCCUGCUGCUGACCUGACGAGCUGAGCCCACGGACGAGAGGGGAGACGAGGAGGGGCACACCACGCAGGAGACCGGAGGAGAGCGCGCGCGCGGAUCCACCUCGUAUACACUUCCUCUUCUUCUCCGUGUCCUUGGCUCAGAUUUAGUUGCUGCGCCGCUUCUUAGGAUUGAUUGCUGCUUCACCCGGUGAUCGCGUCGUCAUCUUCGCGUUUGCUUAAUCGCCUGGUUGCUGCAUCGGUUUUUUUUUUUUGUGUGUGUGUUGUGUGGUUGGGGGUGCGGGCACAGGGUUUCCUCCUGCUUAGCCUGGAUUGGUGUAGGAUUUCGAUGUGAUCGAUGGCGGCCGAAGACAAAAUUUUAGGAUGUUGGCAAGACCAUCAGCACCGCCUUUGGUGACUGCUCAAACUCCUGAAGUCGGCAUCUUCAUUACAGCUCGCAACGUCUCGGGUGCACUGGUCGCCAAGCUUCCUGGUAACAAAAACAAGUGUGGAGGAAGAUCGAAUGUCCGGCAGCGGAACAUCCAACCUGGGAAAAGGGGCUGUCGUCGGGAGUGGCGGGCGCUCUCAGCAGCUGACCAAGCGCAGGCUUCUACCUUGGACGUAGAUGAGGAGUGCAAACGGGUGCUCACUCCAUUGGGUUUCUCCAGCGAAGACGCCGAGAAGAUGCUGAAGAAAGCGUUUGGCUGGACCCACUCGCCGUACUGGAGCGAGGAGAGGGAGAAGGAGGUUCCGACCGCCGAGGCGGUAGCUGGAGUGCUGGACUACAUCAGGAGCCUGGGGCUGUCGGACGAAGACCUUGGCAGGCUGCUGAAGAAGUUCCCCGAGGUUCUUGGGUGCGACCUCGACGGCGAGGUGAGGCCGAAUGUGGGCAAGCUGGACAGUGACUGGGGAAUAAACGGGAAGACCCUGCGGAGCCUUCUGCUGAGGAACCCCAAGGUUCUGGGCUACAAUGUUGACUGCAGAGGGGAUUGCAUGGCCCAGUGCACCCGCUGUUGGGUUAGGUUCUGAUGAUGAUUGGUUUUGUUCUUCGUCGCCACAUCGUUGGUCAGGAACUUGGGACUUGGUUUUGCUUGCUGGCCAUUUUUCUGUAAGCUAGCACCUGUCGAAUGUAGCACAAUCGCUAGCUGCUGGAUAUUGGGUUGGCCACUGUUAGUUCUUAUGUACGUACAACAGAUUCAAGAGCUAAACCAUGCUGCUGUUGUCUGUAAAAGAGUUGCAAUAAAUAUGGCCAGAAUUCCUGAAUGGCCUGUGGUACCGCAGUGA